UCAUGUGGCCUAUUUUACACACAAGCCUGCUCAUGCUUGUGUUGUUUGAGUAUGCUUUUUCUUCCACUGCAUCCUCCUCUCACUUCUCCUCCACCUGUGAGUUACAGGGACAGUUUCAUCUAAAUGGGAUGCACAAGGCAGGAGACGUGGUUCUGGGGGGACUGUUUCAAAUUCACUUCUUUUCCACCUUUCCCGACCUAUCUUUUACCUCCAAGCCACAACAACUAACCUGCAAUGGUUUUGAUGUUCUAGGAUUUAGGCAGGUCCAGACCAUGACUUUUGCCAUUGAUGAGAUCAACAGAAACGUCAACCUGCUUCCAAAUGUGACUCUGGGAUACAGUCUGUUUGAUAACUGUCUCACUCUUGGAGUGGGAUUCCGUGCAGCACUGGCAUUACUCAAUGGUCAAGAGGAGCAAAUUACAUUAAAUAAGACCUGUGUGGGAAACCCUCCAAUUGUUGGGAUCGUAGGUGAUUCUUCAUCAACACGCUCUAUAGCCAUCUCUAGUGUCUUAGGUUUGUACAGAGUACCUAUGGUGAGUUAUUUUGCCACAUGCUCUUGCCUGAGUGACCGGGAGAAGUUUCCAUCGUUCUUUAGGACAAUCCCAAGUGAUGCUUUCCAGGUGCGCGCUAUGAUUCAGAUUCUAAAACAUUUUGGCUGGACUUGGGCUGGUUUGCUGAUCAGUGAUGAUGAUUAUGGACUCCAUGCUGCCCGAUCCUUCCAAACAGAUCUCAGUCUGUCUGGUGCAGGCUGCCUGGCUUACUUAGAGGUCUUGCCAUGGGAGAAAGACACAACUGAAUUGAAGAGGAUUGUGGAUGUGAUGAAGAAAUCCACCGCCCGUGUGGUUAUUGUGUUUGCACAUGAGAGUCAAAUCAUUAAUCUCAUGGAGGAGGUGGUAAGACAAAAUAUGACGGGUCUGCAGUGGAUGGCUAGUGAAGCCUGGACAGCUGCUGCCGUGCUUCAGACCCCUCAUCUCAUGCCAUACUUGGGUGGAACACUGGGGAUUGCUAUUCGCCGAGGGGAAAUACCAGGCCUCAGGGACUUUCUGCGGCAAACUCGUCCUGACCUCCUUCAUAACAACAGCUAUGAAAAUAGCAUUGUAAACCAGUUCUGGGAAUUCACAUUUCAGUGUAGAUUUGCACCACCUUCAUUAGACUGGGUGGAAGCUGGGGGAACAUUGUGCACUGGAGAAGAAGAUCUAGAGGCUGUGGAGACUGAGUUUUUGGAUGUUUCUAAUCUCAGGCCUGACUACAAUGUGUACAAAGCUGUGUAUGCAUUGGCAUAUGCCCUUAAUGAUGUGCUGCGGUGUGAGCAAGGGAGAGGGCCUUUUAGUGAGCACACAUGUGCCACUUUGCAAACACUUCAGCCAUGGCAGCUUGUGUAUUAUCUGGAAAAAGUGAACUUCACUACAUCAUUUGGGGAUCGAGUAUCAUUUGAUGCGAAAGGUGAUGCUUUACCAAUAUAUGAUGUUAUGAACUGGUUGUGGCUCCCUGAUGGAAGAACUGAAAUUCAAAAUGUGGGAGAAGUUAAAAUAUCAGAAUUCAAAGGUGAAGAACUUAUCAUUGAUGAAGACAAGAUCUUCUGGAAUUCGGAAUCAAAAAAGCCUCCUCGCUCAGUGUGCAGUGAGAACUGUCUACCAGGUACUCGCAUGGUGAGAAGGAAGGGGGAACCUGAGUGCUGUUUUGACUGCAUCCCUUGUUCGGAGGGAAAGAUUAUAAAUAUAACCAACUCCUUAGAGUGCAUCAGUUGUCCAGAAGACUUCUGGUCCAGCCCUCAGCGUGACUACUGUGUUCCUAAAAAAACUGAGUUCCUCUCUUAUCAGGAGCCCCUGGGUAUCUGCUUGACGGCUGCAUCUUUACUGGGAACAUGUAUUUGUGCUGUUGUCCUGGGAAUCUUCACUUAUCAUCGCAGAACACCUAUAGUACGAGCCAACAACUCAGAACUGAGCUUUCAGCUCUUAGUGUCACUCAAACUGUGUUUCCUGUGUUCACUGCUUUUCAUCGGACGACCCAGACUGUGGACGUGCCAACUGAGACAUGCAGCAUUCGGGAUCAGCUUUGUGCUUUGUGUAUCGUGCAUCCUGGUUAAAACCAUGGUGGUGUUGGCUGUGUUCAAAUCAUCCAAGCCAGGAGGUGGAGCCAAUCUCAAGUGGUUUGGUGCAAUGCAGCAGAGAGGAACAGUUUUAGUUCUUACUUCUAUUCAAGCAGCCAUCUGCACUGCUUGGCUUGUCUCUUCCUCACCAACCCCUUAUAAAAACACUCAAUAUUAUGAUGACAAGAUAGUUUAUGAGUGUGUAGUUGGGUCCACUAUUGGUUUUGCUGUAUUACUUGGAUACAUUGGCUUAUUGGCUCUUCUUAGCUUUCUGUUAGCAUUUAUGGGAAGGAAUCUUCCAGAUAACUUCAACGAAGCCAAACUCAUCACAUUCAGCAUGCUGAUCUUCUGUGCUGUGUGGGUGGCCUUUGUUCCUGCUUAUAUCAGCUCACCAGGCAAAUAUGCAGAUGCAGUGGAGGUAUUUGCCAUUCUGGCUUCUAGUUUUGGUCUCUUGUUGGCGCUGUUUGGACCCAAAUGUUACAUAAUCUUGCUGAGACCAGAAAGGAACACAAAGAAAGCUAUUAUGGGUCGAGGUAUUAAAUCAUAAAAGAGCAUGCACCCAUUUUAUAGGACAGACUGAAUACUUUUUCUUUUUCUUUAUAGGUCGAUGUAAUAUUUCUAAAAUUGUAGGAGAAAGAGCUGAUGCCAAAUUAAUACUUUUAAAUGUUAAGCAUUCUAGGUAACAUAAUUCACAAUAGAUACAGUGAGAUAUUUUAAAUAAAGUUGUAAAACUAUUACACAUAUAUUUGCUCUUUUUAUGGUAUUAAUUUUAAUAAACAGAUCAACCUUGCUGCUUAAUACUACAAUUGCAUAAAGGUAUAUCAACAUAAGACUAAAAAAUGAAAAUCACACCAUAAUAUCAGAACUCUCAAAAAACAUGGGUCAUUUUAUUUCGGGGAAUGU